AUGGAUGAUGGGGAUAUGGAUGGGUGGGUGGGUGGGCUAACAUCGCCAAGGCCUCAACGGCUGAGAUUAAGCUCGGGCGCUGCUCCGGUGUGGUGUGGAGGGUCGGUCCAUGAAGAUGAUUUAGAUGGGGGUGUCUUGAGUCUUGAGUCUGGUCAAUUGGGGUUGGCAAAGAUGCUUAGCUUCGAGACAGUGGUGUUUGCGUGGAUUGGCGUGCUUGGGUUAUCAGGAUAA